AUGUUUGACAGCUCACAGUAUCCCUAUAACUGCUUCAAUGACGACGCUGACGACUACCCUGCCGGCAGCUCCGACGAGGAAAAGCGACUUACAAGGCCAGCGUACAGCUACAUUGCUCUCAUCGCCAUGGCCAUCCAACAGAGCCCCGCGGGCCGCGUAACCCUAUCAGGCAUCUACGACUUUAUCAUGCGCAAGUUCCCCUAUUACCGCGCCAACCAGCGCGCCUGGCAGAACUCCAUCCGCCACAACCUGUCGCUCAACAGCUGCUUCGUCAAGGUGCCACGGACCGAGGGCAACGACAAGGGCAAAGGCAACUACUGGACGUUCGCGGGCGGCUGCGAGUCCCUCCUGGACCUUUUCGAGAACGGCAACUUCCGUCGGCGACGCAGGAGACGCGGCCCCAAGCGCGAGGAGGCCCCGGGUCCCCUCGAACCAACAGCGCGCGGGUCCCCGGGCCCCGACAGCGUUCAAGCCCCAGAUCGCGAGGCCCAGGCCAGCCCUGCGACACACAGAGACAUCAAAUUCAGCAUUGACUACAUCCUAUCUUCCCCGGACCCUUUCCCAACUCUCAGGUCGUCCUGUCACUCACAGGAAGCCAGGUACCCGGUUCUGGAACCCCAGCAAAUGAGCUUUCAGUUUUGGGCUGCAUGA